GACCAGCAAGGAGGAGAGACUGAAAAGCAACGGCAGACGGGAAAGAAGAAGAGCCAGCGAGACAUAAUAGGGAGUAAGGCAUCAGGAGGAGGAAGGCAUUCAGGCGCUGCAAGUGUUGUUUCGAACUGUGAAGUAGGAGGAGAAGCGCAGCAGGCGGGAGGAGGAGGAAGGGGUACUUCCUCUUUAGUCUGAGUAAAGCUGCUGAGGUAUCCCAGCAGCCCCAGCCCGUGGCGACAGGAAACCUUCGUAUAAAAAGCUGCAUCGCAGGGGGAACCCUCCUGAGUACCUCUUAGACACAGCAUGACCAGGACCAAGAGCCUGAGAGUGUGGACCUAACAAAACAAUGCCCAGCAUAAAAGCCGAACCACCCAGCACUCAUCACUUCAUCAUGGACCGAGAUGACAGGAACAGAAACAACACGCUUGGAAAGAACUUUAUGUGUCGACUCCAGUGCAUGUUCUCACAGACGCCUCAAUGCUCAGAGAGCGGGCUAAGUUUAGAAGACACCCAACAAUGGUCGCAAUCUCUGGAAAGGCUUCUUGAAUCUAAAUAUGGACUGGCCACCUUUCGUAACUUCCUCAAAUCAGAAUAUAGUGAUGAAAAUAUUGAAUUUUGGCUCACUUGUGAGGACUACAAGAAGAUCAAGUCUUCAUUCAAAUUGUCCUCAAGAGCUAAGAAGAUUUAUGAGCAGUUCAUCAAAGCAGAAUCACCUAAAGAGAUCAACAUUGACUAUCACACUCGAGAGCAGAUCAAAAGAAACGUCAAGACUCCCACCAUGCACUGCUUUGACGAAGCUCAGAAGAUAGUUUACGGGCUGAUGGAAAGAGACUCGUACCCGCGGUUCCUCCGCUCGGACAUUUAUAGAACACUCCUGGAAAGCCUCGCUGCUGACGCCACGACGGGAUGAAAGCACGGUCAGGAGGAGAGAGGAAGGAAGGAGAAGAAAACCCAUAACUGGAAUCUUUGAUGCUCCUUCAGGAGGAGGAACUGACAACGAAAAGGAAGGAGGGUCAUCCAGUGUGGCACUAGGACACAAUCAGCGGCCCGCGUACGUCGGCGAUUCCACUCCUGUUCGACACUAAUAAUGGAGCGGAUCCCUACAUUUAGCACCACACACCUGAAGACUUUUUUUUUUUAAGCAAAUUUCCCCAAUAAUGACCCCGUAGACCACGUCACAGGAUGAAGACUGUCCAGGACACCACAAAUGCCUUUCACAGUAAACGAAUUAGCAAGGCGACGGACUUCUGCGACGACAGCAAAGCCGCUGCAUAUGCAAAGAAUGCACUAGAUGCCUUCUGGCCUUCUUUGGAGAGGUGUUUCUUGUGCAGAUACAAGAUAAAAGAUACAACAGUCACAACUGCUCAACUCCCACUCUCUCACUUGUGUGUGUUAGAGAGGGGGGAAAGAAAAGAGACACAAAGUGAAAUAAAAAAAAAAGUAGAAUUUUAUGAUGGCACUUAAAUACCAUUUACUCAGAAUAAGCUGUAGCCAAAGAGCUGGUCAAUUAUAAAUCAGAGCACUAAGAGAGACAGAAAAUCCAUCGCAGGCUGAGGAUUUAAUAAUGAUCUGUCCUUUUUUAGUGAGAACUAUUUUAAAGCAUCUUUAUUUCUUUAAUCUAAAUUGGGUUAGAAAUGCGUGUAUAUUUUUUAUUCAAAGGUGGCCCACAGAUAAGUUUUUAUUUCUUUUUUCCCCCUUUCCUUUUAACUUCUUUAGCAUUGAUUAUUGUCAGACUACCUUUUGCAAGUAUUGUCUUUAAACUGAUAUGUACAAAGGAAACGAAAUCAUGCACAUUUUCUAAACUUCUUUGUGGAAUCUUGACAAAUAGUUGCACUAUUGAAACCAAGAACUUCCCAUUUUGAGAACGCCUACGUCAAAUUUAAUUCGUCACUUGGUCAAUGGCUUGCCGAAACUCAAACCGACAUCUUACAGCACUGAAGCGUAAUGAGUUUUGCAUUUGAUAAUAAUAGAAUUAGGACUACUAUUACACAGCUUGAAAAUGUGGUUGAAACUAUAUAUCCUGGGACUGGGCCUUGUUACUGAUUGUCAAAGCAUGAAUACGAGUGAAUAAAUGCUUAUUAGGAGUUUAAUAGUUAAAUUAACUUAAAAUUUGAUCAUUGUAUUAUUUAUUGCUUACUGUUCUGUCACAACUUGAGUGCAAAGUUUGUUGUAGAGUUGAAGUGCUUCUUUAACUGCUGGUGGAUUUAAAUGAUAUUAAAUUAUUUGAACCGCUUCAAAGAAAAAGAAGACUUUAUUUUCCUCCUUCACAUGGAUUUAAUCUCAUCAUCCUGAACUUUUUCAGUCAUGUUCAAAGGAGACAGCACACUUUUGGAAAAAGGCUGAUCUUAAAAGAUUGCGCUAUAAGCUGAAGUGAUGUUGCCACAUAACAGUCUGUGGUAUUGCAUCACACGACAAUACGUCAUAGAAGAAUGAAAAAAUAGUCAGCAGUUUUUAUGAACGUGUGGUAAAUGAUUAUGAGUGUCUUUAAUUUGAAAAUUUGAUUCCUUUUUAUGUUAAGUUUCAAACAUUGUUUGUGUUGGAAAUCAUGAAAAUGAUCAUCAGAAAUCAAAAGAAGUAGUGGCAGUUUAAAAAUCUUUCAAAUGAGCACAGAUAUUACAGAUUGGGUUUUGUUUGUUUGUUUUUUUUAAUAAAAAAUAAUGAUAAAGAACAUUAACUUUUUGAUUAGUCCAACAGGGUUAGUGUCCCCCUACUGCUUUGUGGUUUGAAGUCAGUGAAAAGCAUUACUGGCACACAAGCGGCAUGUGGGUUUUGACAAACCGGAAGGCUUGGACUUCCAGUUUCUUGAGAAAUCAAGAGGUGAGAGAAAUGAGAUUUUCUCCAUUUUAUUUUGUGACAUCCUUUUGUCUGCAGGGCCAAAUGUGUCCAAAUGCAACAGAGAUUUGACCUUGGGUAAACAAACUGUUGCAAAUUCAGCAAACUUUGUUAUUCAGCUUGUAGUAGAAACAACAGAUUUUACUAUAACAUUCCGAGUGUUGCAAGAAUUUUCACGAUUUGUUUUCACUGAAUUUUAUGUAACUUUUAAAGUAAUACAUAAUUGUAAGGUUUCCAAGGAAAACCAUAAAUGAUAAGACAAUGUUUAAAAAAAACUACAAUUUGCUCGGUUUUGCCCCAGGUAGUGAGCUUUUCCAUAAUCUGCUCUGUUCUUCGCUGUUAUGUGAGGGACUUGAUCACUCAGCAGGUGAUCAACUCUCUGCUGAUGUUUGCAGCAACACUCCACAAUGGAGAACCUCAAGGUUCUGGUUCUGAUAGACUCAAACCCAGAUACCUAAUUUUGUCUCGUAGAAAUUCAUUUCUUGCCCAAACAUAGCAACAUAGACUCAGAUCAGUUGAUUAUUCCUCUAUACAUAUAGACAUAACUAUAUACUGGCCCUUUAUUUAUUUAUUUAUUUUUUAAUGUGCAACCUUUCUAAUUUAGCUCAUGCAGCUAAUGCAUAGUUUAUUUAUUUCUUUAAGCCCAAAGGAAAAAUAAAAUUCACAUCACCA